CAUGAAGCAGAGGAAGCAACGAGAGAUCUUGUCGUGUGUGCACUGUCGUCGCAAGAAGAUGAAGUGUGACCGCAAGUCCCCGUGCAAUACUUGCAAGACACGCCUGCUGGUCUGCUCCUACCAUGAGCGACCGACGACAAUCCGGUCUACGCCACGCAGAAGAGCUGAUUCGAAGCAUCCGACGCACUCGCUGUAUACGACUAUCAAGCAAGGCUCAGAGGAUACCACGUUGUCUGACGAUGGGAUGACCGAUGCAGACGGCGAAGCGGAUCUCGAGGAAAUUGGCGACGACGAAGAUGUCCAGACGAUUGACGCGCGCCGUCAGGGCUACACUUUGAACCCGAGACACUACACGUCCGGGUCAAGUGCUUCGGAGUCAAGUGGCAGCAGUGCCAUGUCGUCUGAGUCUACACUUGUGUCACCCACAUUCGAUGUCGGACACUUCUCGUUCGAGUCGCAAAAGGCGACAUUCAACGAUCUUGGUCCGAUAGGAUUCUACAGCAACGAGCUUCUCGAAAACGAGGAACCAUGGCUUACGCCAGCGUGGCCGAUGGCAAUGGAGCCCGGCGCGCUGCCUAUGCAUCUGUCUGACCAUCGUCAGAUGCCAUUGCUGCAUUUCCAGCCGCCACCCGCGUCGUUCGUCACCACAUCCGCCCGCUGGCCGCUCAGAGUCAAUGCUGCCUACACGCCAACGAGCGACUACGCCACCUUUGUAUCGACACCAUCAAUGCAGGAAUGCAUCCCGCUGUCAAGCUUCCCAUAA